CGUAUCGGACUGAUAAGGAAGGAGUCCUGUGUUGUCCGUAGACUUAGUCCUUCUGCGCAACUUUGGACACGUCUCUUGGACUUUUAUCCCGACGGGUCUUUUGGACUGAAGAAGACAUGUUGGUCAUUCAUCACUGAUGGACAUGUGGAAGACAUGAAUUUGGAGUACGGGCAACUCACCUCGUCUGACGGCACCCGGCACAGUAUGACAGUACAAAGGCAGCGGGUAGAAGAAGCGAUGACCAGGACGGGUGCUGUCGGCCAGGAUUUCCUUUGCUCUGCCGAGGCAGCGGGAUUGAGCGUUGUCCUCUAAGGAGGGCUUGAGGACGGCCGAUGAUCUUCUCUGCUGUCCUGGUCACCCUCUCUCCACACGGAAAGUGAACCAAUAAUUUUAAUCAGACCAGACCUUGGCAGUGACCAUGACUUCCCAGGGUCAGCAUCGACACCGGCAUAUCCUUUCCACCUUAUUUUCUUGCUGUUUCAAGAGUAGUGACCAACCGGAAAUCACCCACUGCCAGGAUACUACCAACACUACAGCUCUGGAGCCUAGCUUGCCAAUGCCACCCCUUGAAGAGUUGGACUCCAUGUUCACUGAGCUGGUGGAUGAAUUGGACCUCACAGCGGAGCACAGGGCUCGCAUGUUUGCUCUACCAGCAGAGAAAAAAUGGAAGCUUUACUGGAGUAAGAAGAUGGAAACGGAAGAAAAUAAAACAUCAACCAGCUGGCCAGAAUAUUAUAUUGACAUGCUCCAUAUCAUGGCUGCUAGAAAGACCGUGUUGGAUUUGGAGGAUAAGGGAGAUCAAGGACGGCAAAAGGUUGUAGAAGGUCUUAAGACAGCUCUGAGGACACAACCUAUGAGAUUUGUGACAACAUUUAUUGAUUUAGAUGGCCUGUCCAGUAUCUUGAACUACCUCAAGGCAAUGGACUAUGGGACGGCCGAGUCACAGAUCCACACGUCACUGAUUGGCUGCAUCAAGGCUCUGAUGAACAACACCCAGGGUAGAGCUCAUGUCCUGGAACACGGCGAGAGCAUCAAUACAAUUGCCCAAAGUCUUGGCACUGAAAACAUUAAAACCAAGGUUGCUGUCUCGGAGAUUCUGGGUGCAGUGUGCCUGGUCCCUGGGGGCCAUAAGAAAGUGCUGGAAGCCAUGUUACACUACCAGACAUUUGCUUCAGAAAGGACACGCUUUCAGACUCUGGUGACAGACCUGGACCGAUCCACGGGCCGCUACAGGGAUGAAGUCAGCCUGAAGACCGCCAUCAUGUCGUUAAUCAAUGCCGUGCUGAGCCAAGGACCGGGCGAGACCAGUAUGGAGUUCCGUAUCCACUUGCGCUACGAGUUCCUGAUGUUGGGCAUUCAGCCGGUCAUUGAUAAACUUCGCUCCCAUGACAACACUACACUCGACAGACAUCUGGACUUCUUUGAAAUGUUGAGGAAUGAGGAUGAGCUUCUGCUGUCCAAACGCUUCGAUCUUGUUCAUAUUGACACCAGAAGUGCAAGCCAGAUGUUUGAGCUGACCAGGAAGAAGCUGAACCACACUGAAGCUUACCCACACCUGGUCUCUGCACUGCAGAACUGUCUCAUGAUGCCAGUUAAACAAACCACCGCCAUGAAUCAAUACUGGGUGUUGUUGGAUCGGAUAGUUCAGCAGCUGGUUCUGCAGACAGACAAAGGCGGAAAUCCAGAUGUCGCUCCCCUGGCGGACUUUAAUGUCAAAAACAUUGUUCGCAUGCUGGUCAAGGAAAAUGAAGUCAAGCAAUGGAAAGACCAAGCAGAUUCCAUGACAAAAGAUCAUCAGGAACUAAAGCAACGUUUUGAGAAGAAAGACAAGGAGUGUGUGACCAGGAACAAGGAGAAAGAAGACAUCGUGGCAAUGCUGAACACCUUGAAAGACAAGCUGGUGCUGGAACGUAGUCAUCACAAGCACGCCAAUCAACAACUGGAGGAAAUAUCUGCUCGGCUGCAGGAAGUCAGCUCCACAUCCGGUGUGACUCGGAGAAGUGUGGAUCCAUCUGUUCCUAUUGCCUCGACUGCUCUACCAACACCUCCACCCCCUGUGGGGGCUGCUCCGGUCUUUGGAGUUCUUCCAUUUGCUCCUCCUCCUCCUCCUCCUCCCCUUCCUCCACCGGGAGCUCCUCCUGGAAGUACCAAGCAGAAGAACAUUCCCCAGCCGUCAAACCCCCUGAAGUUGUUCAACUGGGUCAAACUACCUGAGAGCAAGAUUGAAGGCACCAUCUGGACCGACAUUGACGACCUCCAAGUCUUCCAAGUUCUUGACCUUGAGGACUUCCAGCGCACGUUCUCAGCCUACCAGAGGUCACAGAAAGAAAGUGGAGAUGAUGUCGCCUUCGUGAGGAGAGGGAAGGAACUUUCUUUGAUUGAUGGCCGCAGAGCACAGAACUGCAACAUCCUGCUGUCACGACUUAAACUGACCAAUGAGGAAAUCCGCUCAGCAGUUCUGACCAUGGAUGACCAGGAGGACGUGCCAAAAGACAUGCUUGAGCAGCUUCUGAAGUAUGUUCCGGACAAAAGUGACAUUGAGCUAUUGGAGGACCACAAGCAUGAAGUGGAGCGUAUGGCCAAAGCAGACCGCUUCCUGUAUGAUAUGAGCAGGAUUAACCACUAUCAACAGAGGCUUUUGUCUCUGUUCUUUAAGAAGACGUUUGCCGAACGAGUGGCCGACAUCAAACCUAAAAUCAAAGCUCUAUGUCUUGCAUCCAGGGAGGUCAUGAAGAGCCGAACUCUCCAUCAACUGUUAGAGGUGGUUCUAGCCUUCGGGAACUACAUGAACAAAGGGCAGCGAGGAAAUGCUUAUGGAUUUAAAGUCUCUAGUCUGAACAAGAUUGCUGACACCAAGUCAAGUACUCACAAAAACUUCAGUCUGCUCAACUAUAUUGUGAAUGUUCUGGAGAGAGCCUUUCCCAUGGUGGUGGACCUCAGUGAAGAGUUGCAAAAUGUGCCCGAGGCUGCGAAAGUGAAUAUGAUGGAAUUGGAGAAAGACAUCAACAAUCUGCGAUCUGGCAUCCAAAGUGUUGAAGCUGAGCUCCAGUACCAGCGAGCCCAGCCUUCCCUGGGUCCAGAUGACAGAUUUGUCCCUGUGGUCAGUCAGUUCAUGACUGUGGCCUCCCUCAACUUGUCCCAUGUCCUCGAGUCUUUCGGUGAGGCAAAGGAACUGCUUGGCAAAGCAUUGCGGUACUUUGGUGAAGACGUGUCCACACUUCAACCGGACGACUUCUUCGGGGUCUUCGACGCGUUCCUCUCUGCAUUCUCAGAGGCCAAACGGGCCAAUGAAGACGUUGCCAGGCGUAAAGAAGAGGAGGAAAAACGGGCGCUGGUGCAAGAGAAGAUGAAGAAAGACAGGGAGCAGAAGGCAAGGAAAGCUCAAAUAAACGUGGAAGGCGAUGAGGACGGCGACUUUGACGACUUGGUGUCGGCACUUCGCUCUGGUAAAGUGUUUGACAAGGACCGCAAAAGAACUUUGGCGGUACGAAACCUUUGACCGGCAACAAGACUGACCGUAGCACCUCGAUGGGACACUUGGUGUAAACAGUACAAUACUACACAACAGCCCUUUUCUACCAACCAUCCCAGAAACGUUUACCACCAGUAUCUGUUUACCUAGGUAGUCAUUUGGGUUUUCACUGGACCACACAAUUCCGAGUCAUUUAUUGAAACCCGGGGAAUGUGCACCUACAGCAAACAUGUAUCUAGAUCAAUUUGAGCUUCUCCUAUUUGUCUCGUUCUGUGAUCAUUGAGACAAAGUUGAGUUGCGAUAACCAUUCGAGCAAUAUUUGAGAAGUGAGGAGCGAUCAAAUGCGUGUGCUACUGAUCUCGAUUAUGUCUCACUUAUUUUGAAGGAGUAUUAAAGUAAAGAAAAUGACAUGUUUGAGACCAAUUUUAAGAAAUAUCACCACUAAAAUAUACAUAUUUAUCGUAUGUCUUUCUCAUGUCUUGAUUAUUUCUCUUAAAUGUCUUACCAAAGCUCUCGUAGCUCAAAUUUGGGAAAUAUGAGAACAAAUUGAGAAUGUAAUUUCAAUAUUUGUUAACUGACUUUAGUAAUUAGAAAUAACAGUAAAAAAAAUACUCCAAUAUUGAAAGGUGUAUCACUUUAUUUGGUUAAACAUGAUGUAAAAUAUACUAUACUCUGGGCAGGGUCCUUGAGGGUGCAUGGGAGUUUGCUCAACCAGUCUACAUGUGCUUUGUGGACUUGGAGAA